UCUGUGUCUCUAUCUGAUGAUGUCAUUACUCUGUGUCUCCAUGCACAUGUUAGAGGACACAGACUGAACAGCAGUGACAGAAAUCAUGCUGCAGCCUCUGAGGGCAGUGCUCCUCAGGAGUGUACACAGGAGCUGCUGCAGGACUCUCUCCCUGUCUGCACAGUCCUACAACACUGGCCGAAAGGGGCUUGUCCUAGGUGUAUAUGAAAAGAAUAAGGAGGAUGACAAUGUGGUUCUUACUAAAGCAGGUGACACGUUUGACAAUGUUGUUUCAGGAAAACUGAGAAACCAACUGAGCAGAUCUGGACCUGCACUAAAGAAAGGCAAAACACGGAUAUUUUAUGGUCUGCAUGAGGAAUUUCCCACUGUGGUGGUGGCAGGCUUGGGUAAGCAGUCAGCUGGCAUCAACCAACAGGAGCUCUGGAAUGAAAGCAAAGAGAAUAUUAGGACAGCGGUAUCAGUGGGCUGUAGACAGUUGCAGGAUAUGGAGAUUGAACAUGUUGAAGUGGAUCCAUGUGGAGAUGCUCAAUCGGCGGCAGAAGGUGCUGUUCUGGGGUUAUUUGAAUAUGAUGAGCUUAAGUCGAAAAAGAAGAAAAAAGUCUCCACACAGCUGUAUGGAAGUCAAGACAGAGAUGCCUGGCAAAAAGGAGUUUCCUAUGCAGAGGGACAGAACUUGGCUCGAUACUUGAUGGAAUCUCCAGCUAACUAUAUAACUCCUUCAAAGUUUGCGGAGAUACUUCAACAGAAGAGUGGAGAAUUGGGUAGUGGUGUUAAGGUGUUCACAAGAUCAAAGUCCUGGAUAGAAGAGCAACAAAUGGGAGCAUUUUUAAGUGUGGCCAAAGGAUCUGAUGAACCCCCAGUUUUCCUGGAGAUCCAUUAUACUGGAAGCUCAGACCCCAAUCAUUCCCCUCUUGUGUUUGUGGGGAAAGGAGUCACGUUUGACAGUGGUGGAAUUUCCAUAAAGCCAUCAUCUGGGAUGGAUGCCAUGAGAGCCGAUAUGGGUGGAGCUGCCACAAUCUGUUCUGCCGUCUUGACAGCUGCAACUCUCAAGAUACCCAUUAACCUUAUUGGUUUGGCUCCUUUGUGUGAAAAUAUGCCCAGUGGUCGAGCUAACAAGCCCGGGGAUGUUGUGAAGGCCAAAAACGGGAAGACAAUCCAGGUAGAUAACACGGAUGCUGAAGGAAGGCUGCUGUUGGCUGAUGCUCUAUGUUAUGCGCACAACUUCAAUGCAAGAGCUAUAGUAAAUGCGGCAACAUUAACAGGUGCAAUGGAUGUGGCCCUGGGAUCUGCAGCCGCUGGAGUGUUCACCAAUUCUUCUUGGCUUUGGAAUCAUCUACAAGAGGCCAGCAUUGUGACUGGGGAUCGGCUAUGGCGGAUGCCUCUCUUUCAGCACUACUCUAAACAAGUGACGGAGUCCGCUCUAGCAGACCUUAACAAUGUCGGAAAGUAUAGCAGGUCUGGAGGAGCAUGCACGGCCGCUGCCUUCUUAAAGGAGUUUGUGACCAUACCACAUUGGGCUCACCUAGACAUAGCCGGAGUCAUGUCCAACAAGGAUGAGGUUCCUUACCUGCGUAAGGGCAUGUCUGGCCGCCCUACAAGGACUUUAGUAGAAUUUGCUGAUCGUCUGAGUAAAGACCAAAAACCCACAUAAAUGUGGGUUGCAGUUACAGUGCCUGCUCUAAUCUCUGUGUAAAAAAACUAAAAAUGAAAGUUUUUUUUAUUUUUUU